CUCUGCAGCCGCACAUGGAACGGAGCUUCCGCCUGCGCCCUGCCAGCAGGACCGGAGCAGCCGCAGAGGAGCCGCACAGGAUCCAGGCGGACUUCCCUACCCCAGCGCCCCAGGUCACACCUCGACGUCAUGAACAAGGACACGUCCCACAACUCCACUGAAGGCCAGCAGGGCUGGUUUGCAGCCAGUAAUGGCGGCAGCAGCUCCUUGAACCUGGACUCUGUGGUGCAACCUCUUGCCCUGAAUCCGUGGGAUGUGGUACUUUGCAUAUCUGGGACCAUCAUCUCUUGCGAGAAUGCGAUUGUGGUAGCCGUCAUAUUCUACACCCCUGCCUUCCGGACUCCAAUGUUCCUGCUCAUCGGAAGUCUUGCCAUUGCUGACUUCCUGGCUGGCCUAGGGCUGAUAUUCCACUUUGCCUUUGUCUAUUGCAUCCAGUCGCAGGUGGUGAACCUCAUCACUGUGGGGCUACUGGUGACCUCAUUCACUGCCAGCGUGGGCAGCCUGCUGGCCAUCACUGUAGACCGCUACCUUUCCCUCUACAACGCACUGACUUACUAUUCAGAAAGGACGGUCACCAGGACUUACAUCAUGCUGAUCCUGACCUGGGGGUUUUCCAUCUGCUUUGGGCUGCUGCCUGUCAUGGGCUGGAACUGCUUGAAAGACGUCUCCACCUGCAGCAUCGUAAAGCCCCUGACCAAGAACCAUCUCAUCAUCCUCUCCAUCUCCUUCUUCAUGGUCUUUGCAGUGAUGUUGCAGCUCUAUGUACAGAUCUGCAAGAUCGUUUGCAGGCACGCCCACCAGAUCGCCUUGCAGAGGCACUUCCUGGCCACCUCACACUACGUCACCACCAGGAAAGGCAUCUCCACCUUAGCUGUCAUCUUGGGGACUUUUGCUUCUUGCUGGCUACCCUUUGCCAUUUACUGCCUCCUGGGAGAUUACACCUACCCAGCCCUUUAUACCUACAUGACCGUCCUCCCUGCUACCUACAACUCCAUGAUUAACCCCGUUAUCUAUGCCUUCAGGAACCAAGAAAUCCAGAAAGUGCUGUGGACUGUGUGCUGUGGGUGCUUCUCCUCCACAAUGCCUUUCAGGUCCAGAUCUCCAAGCGACGUCUGACUCAUCAGCCCUCUGUCCAAAGACGCAUUUGCACACGAUGUUCCCUUUUUUGCACAACCACAGAGAUUUUGUGAGAGCUCUUAAAGAUUCUGUGUCUCCUAUGAUUCCCCUUCCCUUGUGUGCAUGAGCUGCUCUCUUCCUUUAUUUUUCCACUUUUAGAAUUUACGGAAGAAAAAAAUAUU